AUGCCAACACUAUCGACACGGCAGCAGGAAGAUCUUUUGGAAGAGAGCCCAGAGUUUGCGAUUGUGCCGGUUGAUCACUUCAAACAGAUCGGUAAACCAAAUGCCAUCGUUCGACCGCUUCGUCACAAUAGAGAAGUAAUAGAAGGGCAGCACCUCAUAAAUUUACACCCGGAUUACAAAUUGAUACGCGAGUUGGAGUCACAGAUUAUUCGAAAGGCAACCAACAAUAAAAGUGACAGCAACAACAAUAUUAACGCCAUCGACCCCCAGGACAGAAUUAUCACUGCAAACAAAAAGACGGACCGCGGUAAACCCAAUGAGUUCACUAAAGAAUUGGAUGCGAAACUGAGGAGAUUGCAGAAUGAUUCAUCCAAACGGUCAUCUCAGAAUGGAAGUUCCCAGGACGUUAACAUCAAGAAAAAGCCGCUCUUCAUUACGACUGUACCGAAGGGUGUUUUCCUGCAGCCAAACAAGGAACUUCCCAUCCUCGCACCAUCCGCCUCCGCUUUGCGCCGUUUAUAUGCCUACGAAAGCCGACCAAGGAUUUUGACCGCCAAUAGCAAUAACAAUAAUAAUGAUAUCAAUCAUCCUAAUCAGAACCAUCAAAACUCUUGCAAGCAUGGUAGCCAUCACAACAAAUCUGAUCCAGAAUAUAAUGUAACGAAAGGAGCUGCUUUCGCUACCAAUGGAAUUCCAAAGCACAAUUGCAUCAAUAGAAUUGCGAGAGAUCACCAGAAUACCUAUCAAAAUGUAAUGCACGAUCGACGGGUUGUCCGAGGUAGCAAUUUUAUAAACGGCAUAACUCAACCGUGGAACCCUUAUUUCGCGUACGCUGGUCUUCUAUCAGGAAAGGGCGAUGGAGAUAACAUUCAAAAGGAAGCUGAAGCUCGCCGAAGGCAGAUUUUGCGCAAAAAGCAUGUCGCACGCAAUCAACGAGGCAUUAUUGGUACUCCGCCUGCAGUUCGUGGCCGGAAGCAUGAGAAUGUACAAACCGAAAAGUUUCUUGAAGAGCUCUUUGUUCGUCCACCUGAGAUGGAUGCGGGCUGUCAGACGGAUUUGUUCUUAAAUAGACCACCCUCUCCGCCAUACGUACCGCAGAAAAUUGGUCGAGAUGUGGCAACCGAAAUUCUCGACGGCGAGCUAUUCGAUUUUGAUACAGAAGUACAGCCAAUCAUUGAAGUUCUCGUUGGACGCACAAUAGAGCAAGCACUGAUUGAAGUUCUCCAUGAGGAAGAAAUUGCAGAGAUGAAACGACAACAGCAGCAAAUAAUGGCAAUCAGAGAAGCAGAAUUGGCUGAGCUUCGACGAUUGGAGUUAGAAGAUCGUAAAUUGAUGGCAGAAAAAGAGCGCCGAAUUCUACAAGAUAAGAUUGCACAAAAUCUGGACAGAGAAAUGCAAGAGCGGAUCACUGCUUCGAAACUCUUGCAAGGCAGAAUUGAUAAUCUUAUGCCAAGCGUAAUCGAUGCCGUAGAAAACAUUAAAGAUGAAAAGGAUCGUGAAGAUUUCGAACGUCAAAUAGCUCCAUGGCUGGCUAAAGAAGUCGCUCAAGAAAUCGGACAAAUGAUUGAUUCCAAAGAACUGCUUGAAGAUAUUAUUCGAGAAGUUCUCACUCUUAAAAGAAAUAACCUUUUCGGAUUAUCAACCAUUCAAGCUGUCUCAGAUAUCCAAGAAGACACUGUGGACUUUGAAGAAAAUCAACCAGAAAGUGAUCAAAAGGAUACAAAUGCGGAUGAUGCUCGGAACGAAGAGGAGCAGUGUAAUGACAAUAGUGAAGACGAAAAACGUUUAGAAGGAACAGAACAGAGUAAUAAUACAAGAGAAAGCAUUGAAAACGGUGAUUCCCAAUAA